AUGAAAGCUCCUCAAAACAAGAAAGAGGUUCAACAAUUGACUGGUAGGCUGGCUGCACUAACCCGGUUCUUACCCAAGUCAGCUAAAAAUGCCCUCCCAUUCUUCAAACUAUUAAAGAAAGAAGCUGUGCAGGGUUGGAACCCGGAAUGUCAAUCCGCGUUCGACAAGGUUGAAAAAUGCUUAGCAACCCCACCAGUACUAUCUAAGCCAGAACCAGGAGAUACUCUGAUCAUGAACUUGGCUGUGGGGGAAGAGGCGAUAAGUGUUGUUCUGAUCAAGGAAACCAGCAAAGGUCAUGAGCCAAUUCACUUUGUCAGUAGGGCCUUGCAAGGUCCUGAGUUGAGGUGCCAGAAGUUGGAAAAAGUGGCUUUUGCCUUGCUGAUUACAGCGAGGAGGUUGCGACCAUACUUUCAGGGACACCAGAUAAUAGUCCGUACUAAUCAACCCAUACGACAGGUGUUGCAUAAGCCAGAUCUGCCAGGAAGAAUGACUAACUGGGCAAUUGAACUCUCUAAAUACGACAUAACAUAUGAGAGUCGGAAGGCCAUUAAAUCACAGGCUUUGGCCGACUUCAUAAUGGAGCUUACCCCGGGCAGCCCAGAAAGGGGAGAAGUUGAGGAUACUUGGAGGGUAUAUGUAGAUGGAUCCUCCAAUGAUAAAGGAAGUGGAGCUGGGAUAAUACUAGAAAGUCUAGAAGGAGUGGCAAUAGAACACUCCUUAAAUCGUAGUUUCCCAACUUCAAACAAUCAAGCAGAAUAUGAAGCCCUAAUAGCCGGGUUAAUGCAGGCUAAGGAACACGGGAAAAAAAAGGUUAAAGUCUUCAGUGACUCCCAAUUAGUGACUUCUCAGAUAGAAGGAAAGUAUCAGGCCAAAGGCCCUCUGCUGAUGAAAUACCUGAACAAGGUCCGAGAAAUAAUGGCCGAGUUUGAAGAGGUGAAAGUCACCCAUAUUCCUCGAGGGGAGAACAGUCGUGCUGACAUCUUGUCCAAAUUGCCAAGUACAAAAAAUCCAGGAAACCACAGAACCGUGGUACAGCAGAGCAGAACAAAGCCGAGUUGCGUGAUGAUAAUAACCUCGGCAAGUGACUGGCGGCAACCCAUAGUGGCAUACCUUGAGAAAGGGGCAUUUCCUGAGGACCCAUUAGAGUCUAGGAAGCUGGUUCGAGAUGUAGCACAAUAUGCGAUACUCGAGGAUCAACUAUAUAGAAAGGGGUUACACAUCCCUAUGUUGAAAUGCUUGAACUCGGAAGAAGCAGAAUAUGUGCUAGCCGAGAUACAUGAAGGAAUCAAUGGCCACCACAUGGGGGGUAAAGCUUUGGCUAGAAAGGCCCUUCGAGCCGGCUAUUAUUGGCCGACUAUGGAAGCAGAUUCAAAAGAACAUGUCAAAAGAUGCGACAGCUGUCAGAAACAUGCCAGGCUAAUUCUUUCACCAUCAAAAGAGUUGAAAUAUAUCUCGGCUCCAUGGCCCUUUUUCAAAUGGGGAAUGGAUUUGCUAGGACCCUUCAAAGCUGCUGAAGGACAGUUGAAGUGGCUAAUAGUGGCCGUGGAUUACUUCACCAAGUGGAUAGAAGCAGAACUGGUUAUCACAAUAACCUCGGCCAGGGAGUUGAUGAAAGACUUGAAGGUCAAACAUCGCUUCGCAUUUGUGGAACACCCACAGUUAAAUGGGCAAGCUGAAGCUGCAAACAAGGUAAUUGUUGACAGGCUCAAGAAACGAAUGAUGGAUGCCAAAGAAAGCUGGGUCCAUCAAUUAUAUUUUGUUUUGUGGGCAUACCGAACGAGUACCCAGACAGCAACGGGGGAAACCCCUUUUAGAUUGACAUAUGGAUGUGAAGCCAUGGUUCUGAUAGAGAUUGGAGAACCCUCUUGGAGAAGAGUGAAUGCUAUUAAGCAGAAUGAACAAGAGAAUAAUAAAUUGCUCACUACUGAGUUAGACCUCAUUGAUGAAGCCAGGGUAACAACUCACUGCCGGGAUAUGAUGGCAAAACAACUUAUAGCAGCUUAG